AUGGGCUUCGUCCGCCCUUCCCCGCCUUCGGCCUCGUCCCCCUCGGAACCCGCGAGGGGGUCGCGGGGGGAGGCAGCUGCUGGCAGCUCGCCGCCCUACACCAGGAGGCGUCUCCCCCUCCAGCGGGCUGGCGCCGUCGCUGCGGGAGCCUCCUUGCCGGGGUUGCUUUGGUCUCCUCUGGCAGUGGGGCUCGGAGCCAAAGACGGGCCGCAGUCCCGGCCCAGGCAGAGGCGUGCGGGCUCGGGUGAAAUGCCUUCUGUGCAACAACCACACUGCUGGCAUCAAGAACAGGAAUGUAGAGGCUGGAAUGAUUCAGAUUCUUCGGUGUUUGAUGAAUAUCAAUGUAGACAUUUAGACCAAUGGCUGGAGAGCUCUUCAACACCAGAAGAUUCAAGACCUCUUUCUAGUUGCCCUGACUGGGAAGGUAGAAUUGAAGAAGGCAAAACAAUGAGGACAUCAAAUAAAAAAAAGACGAAUUCUGUUUCAAGUGAUUCUGCUAAUCCAGCUGAAAGGGAAACAGAUGAAGUGGUUCUGAGGAGAAGACAAAAACAGAUCAAUUUUGGAAAGAAUACCCUUGCAUAUGACAGAUACAUUAAAGAAGUUCCAAAGAAUCAGCGAAUACCAGGAGUUCAUCCUAGAACUCCCAACAAAUUUAAGAAGUACAGCCGUAGAUCCUGGGACCAGCAGAUCAGGCUAUGGAAGAUAGCACUGCAUGCCUGGGAUCCUCCUACUGAAGAAACCUGGGAUCUGCAGCCAGUUAGUACAGAACCCUCAGGCAGUUCUCAGGAAUGGUUCUGCAAAGAUCAGGAUGUUUCUGGCUCCCUUGUAUUUGAUGAAAAGCAGAAGAGAAAUGAGUGCGAAGAGGAAUGCAGACAGACUGACUACACACCGGAGAGUUCCUGUUCUCCUGAUUCUUCUCCAGUAUGGAAACGCAGAAAAAGAAACAAUUCUGACUCCUCUGUGGUUUCAAAGAGCAAAAACCAUUAUGUGCAUAUGUACCACGCUCUGGAAAGUCUUACUGAAUCAGGACCUCAGGAGGCUUUUUCAAAGAGCUCAGAGUGGGAAGCCUUUGGUGAAAAUGACGAAGUAAUGACAGUACAACGUGGUAUAGAAAUAACAAGUGACCCAAUUCCAGCCAGUUGUUCUUCAGGAUGGAACAAUCAGAAACAGAAAAAAAACAACUUCUUUCUGCCUGACAGCAAAACUUGCAGAGAUACAGACUGCAGGCUGGAGAGGCUUAAACUUUGUAGCAGUUUAUUGGAAGGACAUCAGUCAGAAUACCCUGAAAGGGGAUGGGGAAGUGCAAGUGCUGAAGAUAGAAUAAUGAGGAAAAAAACUUAAAAUACCAAGAAGUAUCGAAGAAGAAGGACUUUCUCCUGUGACAGAAAAUGAUUUGAAGA